GAAUAAGCGCAGGUUUAUGAAGUUACUUACCUGCCAGGAUCGCUUUACCGGGAUGGGUAAGUUUGGCUUUCCCAGCAGGAGCAGCUGCAGCCAAUGACUGCGGUCUGUGAAACGGAUGCACGAAUCUAGGAUGUCCAGACAUGACUGGGAUAUACCCCGGGAUCUAACUUUUAAUCACAACAACGACGACUGUCGUCAAAGAUCCGCUGAGCCUACAAACCGUGUGCAGCAGCAGCCCGCGUGCUUUAUGCGAGAGGAAGCUGCACGAAUUCAAAGGCCAGUCCGCUGUGACCAUUGGACUUAGUACUGAGCAAAAGUUGAUAAUGAAUGUGUACUUUUGACAAGUUGCCUCACUGCACACUGCUUUGAGGAGGAGGAGAACGGUAUCGACUCGAGUCAGGGGCGCCCAGGGAGGGGCCAUAGGGGCCCGAUACAACGCUUCCGCUUGCGCAGAAAAACGCCAUGUUUGUCAUAAAAAAUAAAGGUGGAACGGUGCGAAGAUACAUGGGAAAGAAGAAAUAUUUAAACAGACAUCAUUUACGUACUGCACAUGGCAUCAGUCAAAGAAAAUAUGUAAAACGCUAAAAUGUACUUUUUUUGCCGUCCUAAUGUGGCGCAUGCGCCCUGUGUCUCCUUCAUUGUGCCCUAUUGCUAAGCUACAGUUAGCUCCAGUUUGUUCAGCAGCAUCACCACUUGAAGCUUUGCAGACUCCCACAGAAUUUGAACAGAACAAUGGCUGUCCCCCCUUCUUACACAGACUUGGGCAAGGCUGCCAAGGACGUAUUCAGCAAGGGCUAUGGAUUUGGGCUUGUGAAGCUGGAUCUGAAGACCAAAUCACAAAGUGGAGUGGAGUUCAACACGUCGGGUUCAAGUAACACAGACACAGGGAAGGCUGCAGGAAGCCUGGAAACCAAAUAUAAGAUGAAAGAGCUUGGCCUCAGCGUCAACCAGAAGUGGAACACAGACAAUACUCUGGCCACUGAAGUCACUGUUGAGGACCAGCUUGCUCAAGGACUGAAGGUGGCUUUGGAUACAUCUUUUGUACCAAACACUGGUAAAAAGAGUGGAAAGCUGAAGACUGGUUACAAGCGUGACUAUGUGAACUUGGGUUGUGAUGUGGACUUUGAAGGCCCCAUCAUCCAUGCUGCUGCUGUGCUGGGUUACGAGGGCUGGCUGGCUGGCUAUCAAAUGGCUUUUGAUACAGCCAAGUCUAAACUGACCCAGAAUAACUUUGCUUUGGGAUAUAAGGCUGGGGACUUCCAGCUUCACACAAAUGUUAAUGAUGGGACAGAGUUUGGUGGAUCUAUUUACCAGAAAGUGAAUGAUGAGCUGGAGACGGCAGUAACUCUGGCCUGGACUGCUGGCAGCAACAACACUCGCUUUGGUAUUGCUGCCAAAUACAAGCUUGACAAAGAUGCAUCACUAUCUGCCAAAGUAAACAAUGCCAGUUUGAUUGGAAUAGGUUACACUCAGAGUCUUAGGCCUGGUGUCAAAGUAACUCUCUCUGCCCUGAUUGACGGAAAGAACUUCAAUGCUGGUGGACACAAAGUUGGCAUGGGUUUUGAGCUUGAGGCAUAAAGAAGAAAACUUUAUUAUUCAAUGAAGAAGUCAAAAGGUCACUGCUCACUUCCCCCCUGCCCAAUUUUCUGCAGCCUGUUGUUUCUGGAUGCCCCGUGGCACUUUCCUGCACAUACUGUGAGCUGUCCCUAACCAGCUCAGAGCAUAUUUGACACUAGUAGAAAGUAUAUGCAGGAGUUAUGUCAUCUAAAAGCUGACAAUACAUAUGUACUGUAUUGUGAUACAAUGGGACAAUAUUUAUUUCUCCAUAGGUCUUAGAACAAGUAGUAGUUUGUGUAGCUCAUUAAAGAUUGUGUAUUUAGUUGUUCCUCCCUACCCUAAAGCAUGUGAGAAUGAAAAUAUGAAGGCAAGUGUAAAGAAUAUUUGCUUGGUAAAAAUGGUGCUGCGUGUCUGUUUUCUACUUUGUUGUAGCUUUUAGAUCCAUUUCCUGUUAAAUCACACAACAGUUUGUUAUGGGCUUUUGAAUAUUUUAAUUGCUGAGUUAUUUAUACUUUGUGGCCAUAGCUUUAAAAGGAUAAUAAAAGCUGUUCAGUUCUGAUGAUAGGCCCCCACGUGUAUAAAGACGUUUUUGUUAGUGGCUCUGGUGCAUUCUAAAUUGACCAGCAGUCUCCCUAAAUGUUUAGUUUAAAGUCAAAAUACUUGACGACAUCAUGUCAUCACUCUCAUUUGUUCAGUGUUAUACUUUAUUUUUCCAGAAUAUACAUGAAUAAUUCAAUGUCAUUUAGACACAGUACCUCAUUUUUUCCAAUGUCAACUAAAAAACUAAUAAAAUGUCUAGAAAA